AUGAAUUUCAACGACACCAGCCAGCAGAAUCUGAAGAAUAUCAGUAUCACGACUGGUGAUCAUCAAAAUCUCGGAGAGAGUGGACACAACCUACUCAACCAACAAGGCUCGAGUAACCAAUCGCCCUCCAAUGCGAACUCGGGCUCGUCACCAAAGAAGUCCCAAGGCAAUCCCACUUCUCCGAGCAAUACAAUCAAGUCACUUGUCGAUAACAUGAACUUUGGCGCAAGUUCCGAGCUGUCGAAUGUGAGCCCAGGGAUCUCUAACGGGAGUCCAGGUUUCUCCCUAAGCCCCGGGCUCUCGGGCAAAUUGGGUCCCGACGAUGGAAAGAAAGCGUAG